AUGAUUAUCCCUGUGCGCUGUUUCUCCUGCGGAAAGGUUGUUGGUGAUCUGUGGGAGCGUUAUCUGCAACUGCUGGAUGCUGGUGUCGGCGAUGGUGAGGCUAUGGACCAGUUGGGCUGCCGCCGAUACUGCUGUCGUCGAAUGAUCAUGACCCACGUGGAUCUUAUCGAGAAGCUGCUCCGUUACAACUCCGCCGAGAAGGACCGCACCAAGGCGGCUCAGAUCUAA